CGGGCCUCUCACCCACUCUUCUAUCAACUUUCUCAAACAUUACUUCCGUCCCAACGCGACAAUGUUAACUUCACCUCCAUACUAAGCACACCCGCACACACACACAAUAAAUACGAUACAUACACGACGCACACACAAAUAUCGUCCGCUCACACUCACCUCGAAAAAAAAAAUCUGUGCCAUGAAGCGAAUCCGCCUCCGCUCAGACCAAGAACUUAAGGACCUCCAACACUCGAACAGACCCGACCUGUGCCAAAAAGACUCCGCAAAAACCCUCCGAACCCCUCCCAAACCCAAGCCCGACGAAAGGAAAAUCGUCCCACCCCCUAUCAACGACGAGAAAGUCCCCCCCUUGCCCUCCGAAAAACGCUCCAUUAUCGGGCCUAUUCUCUAUAACGCCGAAGAAUUGCUCCCAGAACUGGAUCCACACAUACACAACUACAUCCAAAUCAACGUAUUCGCUCAGCACCUAACAACCGAAAGUAACCAAGUCAAAUCCAGCGAGCUGUGGGGAGCCAAGCCCUACACCAGCGACAGUGACGUCGUCUGCAUGAUCUGCCACAGUGGCAUUUACACUCUCAUGAAGGAAACUCCCAAAUUUUACCUCCUUAAAGUUAUUUUGUACAUUCUUCCUGGCGCAGCGUUCUACGAAUCUUGUGAGCGACAUGGCAUCAAAUCUCGCACGUGGGGACCGCAUGAGGUCAGCCUGCUUCCUGUAAGGGCAGAAAUCAUCGACGCACCAGACCCCGUAACUCAACUUCGCUUAGAAUAUAGACAUCUUCGUACAAUAGAAAAAAACACAGCGAAGUACGUCAGUCACUCCAAUCCAGCCAACAGUAAUACAACUAUUCGAGAAUUCAAGGGCAAGGCGUUCCAUGAAAAAAAAAUAUCUGAACUAGAACACAUGAUCUCUGAAAUCCUCCCAAAGGCAACCAGGCUUCUGUUCAACCUCAGUAACGAAUUAUGCUUCCAGUACAGCCGAGAAAUGAUCUUCGAUCGUGGCAUCGACCCCAUGCAAUGGGCCAGCUAUCGACUGAGGAACUCUGUGGUCGUCCUAGAAUCCUCCGUUCGAUACGAACUGUCUCGAGAACAGCCGUCCCAACAACCCCUGGACCCCUCUGUCGAGUCCAAGCCGCGCACGCAUACCUACGACACUUACAGAUGGUCCAAAGUUCUCUCUCCUACCGAAAAAACGCGCGAGUGGUAUUCCAAAAACGAAGUCCCGCUGAACGAGCCGCACAUCCAGGUCCUGGCAAGCGGCCUGGACUGGUCGCAAAUUGUGUGGACCGAGCGCUCCGUCCGUAUCAAUAACGUGGAAUACAGCGUCAACAAGCUGUUCUGGAUCCAAAUACAUAAAAUCACAGAAGAUUGACAACCCUUACUUCAGCCUUAGCAAAUCGCAAAUUGACGUCCCCAAAUUCGAAAUUUCCGUACCCAGAUGCUCUGUUCUAGCGCCUCGGUAAAAAACCUCUAAUCCACACACGUCUCAGAUCAUCUGUGUAUCUGUCCCCUUCAAAAAAAAAAAAAUACAAAAACCGUGUCGAACGUGUUACGUAGGACCUCAACACGUCCGAUCUCUGGAAACA